AUGGGCCUUUAUACAUCAUAUUACAGCUAUGGCCUUCCUACCUUUCUCGCUGUCGUAAUUGGGCUCUAUUUACUGUUUACUGGUUCAGGAGAGGCGUUCAAUGUCGGUCGUUUCCUGGAGGAGACCAGUCCGUACGCAUGGGCAUCAACCGGAAUAGGACUCUGCAUUGGCUUGAGUGUGCUGGGGGCGGGAUGGGGCAUUUUCGUAACCGGGUCGUCUAUCCUCGGUGGCGGUGUCAGAGCUCCCCGAAUACGCACAAAGAACCUCAUCAGUAUCAUCUUCUGCGAGGUUGUUGCCAUCUAUGGCGUAAUCAUUGGCAUCGUGUACUCCGCCAAAAUUACAAAUGUUCCCGAGGCUCAAUUAUAUACACGAGAAAACUAUUUCACAGGAUAUGCCCUCUUCUGGGGCGGACUGACAGUGGGCGCGUGCAACCUGCUGUGCGGCGUUUGCGUCGGGAUUACAGGCUCGACCGCAGCGCUGGCCGAUGCGGCAGAUCCAGACCUGUUCGUAAAGAUCCUUAUUGUAGAGGUGUUCGGCAGUAUCAUGGGGUUAUUUGGUUUGAUCGUUGGUCUCCUCAUGGUCGGCAACGCGGGCGAGUUUACAGCAUUAGCUUCGCCAGCGGCGGCCCCAUCCCCAUUUGUACAUUGA